UCCCAACACCAACAACAUUAGUCUUUCCAACUCUCUAUCUCUCUCUACCCACCCCUUGAAGCUAAGCUUCCCAUUCUGUGUCCCCCACACACCACAAUGGCAAUGGCAGCCUCACUCUCCAGCACCAUGGUUAGCACCUCCUUCCUCCAGCGGCAGCAGCCGGUCACCUCCCUCCGAUCGCUCCCUAACGUGGGCCAGGCUCUCUUCGGAGUGAAGGGGGGGCGUGGGGGCCGUGUAACAGCCAUGGCUAUGUACAAAGUGAAGCUGCUCACACCUGAGGGACCUCAAGAGUUUGAGUGCCCUGAUGAUGUGUACAUAUUGGACCAGGCAGAGGAGAUUGGUAUCGACCUCCCGUACUCGUGCCGGGCGGGUUCUUGCUCUUCAUGUGCAGGGAAGCUGACAGGAGGGAAAGUUGAUCAGUCCGAUGGAAGCUUCCUUGAUGAUGAUCAGAUGGAUGGGGGUUGGGUUCUCACUUGUGUUGCUUACCCUCAGUCUGAUGUUGUCAUUGAGACUCACAAGGAAGAGGAGCUCACUGCUUAAAUUCCAAUCUCUCUGUCUCUCUCAUGUUUUGUUGGUCUGCUUUUAGUGUAUUCCAAGGAUAUGAUUGUUAUGCUUAUGAAUGAGUAAUUUAAUCUUUAGUUUAUUUUUU